AGUUUGAAUAUAUACAGUACUCUCACCACGUGACUUCCUUUCCAGUCAACCUGACAAUAUGGAUGCCAGCCGCGUGCAGCCGAUCAAGCUUGCAAGAGUCACCAAGGUGCUCGGGAGAACUGGUUCCCAGGGACAGUGUACUCAGGUCCGUGUGGAGUUCAUGGAUGACAGCAACCGGUCGAUCAUCAGGAAUGUGAAGGGGCCAGUCAGAGAGGGUGAUGUGCUGACACUUCUGGAGUCUGAAAGGGAAGCCAGAAGGCUGCGUUAAAGUGCCCGGCGAAGUUGUGAGAUGCCAAACCAACGCCUGGGGUGCAGACACCCAAUCAGUGUGGCCCCACAUCUCACUUGUGCAGUUUAAGAAAAAAUAAAAAUGUGUUGUUCAAGGUGAA